UAGUGUGAAUUUUUAUAGAUAAGGGACUGGGAAAAUAUUAAGGGGCCACUGAUCCAAAUUCCCCAAAUUUAUCCUGCCCGGCCGUCGUCACCAAGCAGCCACUCUGCUCCAGAUCGUUCAAAUUGAAGUUCCUCUCCUUCAACCUUUGCAUGUUGGAUUUCACAUCAACAGCAUCUCCCUAAAACCUUGGAGCUUUGUUCGGAUUCAAACUUUCCGACGCACGCCAUCAAGGCGGUAAAACCGUCCUGAAACACCGGUCAAACUCUUUCGAGUAUUCAAGCUUCCAAAGAGAGAUGACGACGAUACGCAGAUUCCGCUGCAAUGAUCUUCUUCGAUUCACCUCUGUGAAUCUCGACCACCUCACCGAAACUUUCAAUAUGUCGUUUUAUAUGACGUAUUUGGCGAGAUGGCCCGACUACUUUCAUGUUGCCGAAGCACCUGGACACCGAAUUAUGGGUUACAUUAUGGGAAAGGUUGAGGGGCAAGGUGAGUCAUGGCAUGGUCAUGUAACUGCAGUAACUGUUUCUCCAGAAUAUCGCAGGCAGCAGUUGGCCAAGAAACUCAUGAACUUGCUUGAAAACUUCAGCGAUAAGAUUGAUAAGGGUUACUUUGUUGAUCUUUUUGUGAGAGCAUCAAACACACCCGCCAUAAAGAUGUACGAAAAGCUUGGCUAUGUAAUCUAUAGACGAGUGCUACGGUACUAUUCAGGGGAGGAAGACGGGUUAGAUAUGAGGAAGGCAUUAUCUCGUGACGUGGAGAAGAAAUCAGUCAUACCUCUCAAACGGCCAGUUACUCCUGACGAAUUAGAGUAUGACUAAAUCUAUUCGUGCUAAGUGUGAUGAUGAUGAUGAUGCAUUACCUUGUGCUCAUGUCUUUUUGUGAAACUGAGAAUCCUAGUGUGGUUCAGAUGAAUAGUACACGAAAACAUAGCGGAUUUAUUACAAGUUUGUAUUGUCGCA